GGAGGAGGCAGCUGGGAGCGGAGCCCCCUAUAAAAGAGGCAACGAGGGCAGCCACAAGCCAGAGUCUCCCUGACCACAUCAAGGAACAGUUCCAACACUCGUUUCUUCUCCCUUGUCGCAGCUUCCACUCUCCCUCCGUGAACUGGCGUCCCUGGUGAUGGUGUGGGCGUGGGCGUCCCGGGCCGUGCUUCUGCUGCUACUAUUGGUCUCCGCCUUGUCCCUGACGCACCAUCCCACCACCGGCCUCCACCAUGACUUCGCCGUCUCUGCCCCGAACUUCCGCUCCUCCUGGACCUCAGCCUCCAGUGUGGUGAGAGACCAGCACACACCAGCACAGACCACAAAGACUUCUUGGCAACAGACGGAUGAUCUUCAUUCCGAGGCAAAACUGGAAAACCCGAACGAUGGCAUGCAGGCCUCGGGCCAAAAGGAAAGUCUCACUCACGCCAGGUCCGUGAAGAGUCUUGCCACAGCCCGAGGAUUUAGCGGGUGGCGGAGCGAGGACGAGACGCGACGAGCGUCCACCACUUCCAUAGAACUUCGUUCAGUCGAUGCCAGGAAAACCACUACCGCUGGAGCACGGCGCCUUGACAGCAGGAGGGCCUCUGAGGAACGCAGCCUUGCCAGCAGAAAGCUUUCUGAUGAACGUCGCCUUGACAGCAGGAGGGCCUCUAACGAACGCAGCCUUGCCAGCAGGAAGCUUUCUGAUGAACGUCGCCUUGACAGCAGGAGGGCCUCUAACGAACGCAGCCUUGCCAGCAGGAAGCUUUCUGAUGAACGUCGUCUUGACAGCAGGAGGGCCUCUGAGGAACGCAGCCUUGCCAGCAGGAAGUUUUCUGAUGAACGUCGCCUUGACAGCAGGAGGGCCUCUGAGGAACGCAGCCUUGCCAGCAGGAAGCUUUCUGAUGAACGUCGCCUUGACAGCAGGAGGGCCGCCGAAGACCGUCCCCUUGACAAUAGGUGGACCUCUGAGGAACGACGCCUUGACAGUAGAAGGGCUUCUGAGGAACGCCGCGUUGACAGCAGGAAGGCUUCUGACGAACGCCGCCUUGACAACAGGAGGGCGUCUGAGGAACGGCGCCUUGACAGCAGGAGAGCCUAUGAAGACCGGCACUUUGACAGCAAAAGGACAUCUGAAGACCGGCGAUUUGACAGCAGGAGGGCCUCUGAAGAACGCCGCCUUGACAGCAGGAGGGCCUCUGAAGACCGGCGCGUUGACAGCAGAAUGGCGUCUGAAGAACGCCGCCUUGACAGCAGGAGAGUAUCUGAAGAACGCCACCUUGAUAACAGAAGGACUUCUGAAGAACGCCGCCUUGACAACAGGAGGGCUUCUGAAGAACGCCGCCUUGACAACAGGAGGGCUUCUGAAGAACGCCGCUUUGACAGCAGAAGGGCCUCUGAGGAACGCCGCCUUGACAGUAGGAGGACAUCUGAGGAACGCCGCAUUGACAGCAGAAGGGCCUCUGAGGAACGCCGCCUUGACAGUAGGAGGACCUCUGAGGAACGCCGCCUUGACAGCAGGAAAGCUUCAGAAGAACGCCGUCUUGACAGCAGGAGGGCCUCUAAAGAGCGCCGCCUUGACAGCAGGAGAGCCUCUGAGGAAAACCGCCUUGACAACAGGAAAGUUUCAGAAGAACACCAGCUUGACAGCAGGAGUGUCUCUGAAGAACGCCGCCAUGACAGCAGGAGAGCAUCUGAAGAGCGCCGCCUUGACAGCAGGAGGGCCUCUGAUGAACGCCGCCUUGACAGCAGGAGGGCCUCUGAGGAACGCCGCCUUGACAGCAGGAAGGCAUCUGAAGAACGCCAACUUGACAGCAGGAGAGCCUCUGAAGACCGGCGCCUUGACAGCAGGAGAGCAUCUGCAGAACGCCGCCUUGGCAGCAGGAAGGCCUUUGAAGAACGUCGCCUUGACAGUAAGAGAGCUUCUGAAGAACGCCGCCUUGACAGCAGAAGGGCCUCUGAAGAACACCGCCUUGACAGCAGGAGGGCAUCUGAUGAACGCCGCCUCGACAGCAGGAGGGUCUCUGACGAUCGCCGCCUUGACAACAGGAGAGCCUCUGAAGAACGUCAACUUGACAGCAAGAGAGUUUCUCAAGAUCGCCGCCUUGAGAGCAGAAGGGCCUCUGAAGAACGCCGCCUUGACAGCAGGAGAGCCUCUGAAGAACGCCGCCUUGACAGCAGGAGAGCCUCUGAAGAACGCCACCUUGACAGUAAAAGAGUCUCUGAAGAUCGCCGCCUUGACAGCAGAAGGGUCUCUGAAGAACGCCGCCUUGAUAGCAGGAGGGCUUCUGAAGAACGCCAACUUAACAGCAGAAAAACUACAGAAGAACGCCGCCUUGUCAUUAGAAGAGCCUCUGACGAACGCCGCCUUGACAGCAGGAGGGCCUCUGAGGGACGCCGCCUUGACAGCAGGAGGGGUUCAGAACGCCGCCUUGAUAGCAGGAGGGCCUCUGAAGAACACCAACUUGACAGCAGAAAAAUUUCAGAAGAGCGCCGCCUUGACAGCAAGAGGGCAUCUGAAGAACGCCGACUUGACAGCAAGAGGGCCUCUGAAGAACGCCGCCUUGACAGCAGGAGAGACUCUGAGGAACGCCGCCUUGACAGCAGGAGGGUCUCUGAAGAACGCCGCCUUGACAGCAGGAGGGCCUCUGAGGAACGCCACCUUGGCAGCAGGAGGGUCUCUGAAGAACGCCGCCUUGACAGCAGGAGGGCAUCUGAAGAACGCCGCCUUGACAACAGGAGGACCUCUGAGGAACGCCACCUUGACAGCAGGAGGGCAUCUGAAGAACGCCGGCUUGACAGCAGGAGGGAGUCUGAGGAACGGCGCCUUGACAGCAGGAGGGCCUCUGAGGGACGCCGCCUUGACAGCAGGAGGGCAUCUGAAGAACGCCAACUUGACAACAGGAGGGCCUCUGAAGACCGGCGCCUUGACAGCAGGAGAGCAUCUGAAGAACGCCAACUUGACAACAGGAGGGCCUCUGAAGACCGGCGCCUUGACAGCAGGAGGGCCUCUGAAGACCGGCGCCUUGACAGCAGGAGGGCCUCUGAAGACCGGCGCCUUGACAGCAGGAGAGCAUCUGAAGAACGACGCCUUGACAUCAGGAGGGCCUCUAAUGAUCGGCGCCUUGAUAACAAGAGAGCUUCCGUGGAAAGCCGCCUUGACAGCAGGAGGGCCUCUGAGGAACGUCGCUUUGACAGCAGGAGGGCCUCUGAGGAACGUCGUCUUGACAGCAGAAGGGCCUCUGAGGAAGGCCACCUUGACAGUAGAAGGGCUUCUGAGGAACGGCGCCUUGACAGCAGAAGGGUCUCUGAGGAACGGCGCCUUGACAGCAGAAGGGCCUCUGAGGAAAGUCGCCUUGACAGCAGGAGGGCCUCUGUAGAAAGCCGCCUUGACAGCAGAAGGGCCUCUGAGGAAAGUCGCCUUGACAGCAGGAGGGCCUCUGUAGAAAGCCGCCUUGACAGUAGAAGGGCUUCUGAGGAACGUCGCCUUGACAGCAGAAGGGCCUUUAAGGAAGGCCACCUUGACAGCAGAAAGGCCUCUGAGGAACGUCGCCUUGACAGCAGAAGGGCCUCUGAGGAAGGCCGCCUUGACAGCAGAAGGGCCUCUGAGGAACGGCGGCACCUUGACAGCAGAAGGGCCUCUGAGGAAGGCCGCCUUGACAGCAGAAGGGCCUCUGAGGAACGGCGGCACCUUGACAGCAGAAGGGCCUCUGAGGAACACCGCCUUGUUAGUAGGAAGGCCUCUGAAGACCGGCGCCUUGAUAGCAGAAAACUUUCAAAGGAAUAUCGCCUUGAUAGUAAUAGGUUCUCUGCUGAACGUCGCCUUGAGAAGAGAAAUGAUGCAAAGGAACAUCGCCUUGACAGCAGGAGAGUUUCUGCAGAGCAUCGCCAUGACAGCAGGCGUGAAACAACGGAACAUCGCUUUAACAACAGGAGGGUAUCUGGGGAACACCGUUUUGUAAGUAGGAAGCUUUCAGAAGAGCAUCGCCCUGACGAAAAAAUGAUUGCUGGAAAACAUUCUGACAGCAAACUGGUCGCUGAAGUAAGUCACGGAGAUGCAGUGAACACUGCCUCCUACCUUGAGGGAGAUGUGCCUGCUGUGCUCUCCAUCAGUGGGUAUGGCAUCCACGCCGCCACUUCAACACUCGGGAAGACUCCCGCCCACUCCACGGACCUCAUUGAACUGCCGGAGGAUCCAUGGUGGGCCAGUCACACGCUUCCCGUCCUUCACUAUCCCAAGUACAAGGACGAUGGGGGAGUGGGUGGCUUGGUGAUGCAGGGACUCCUGGUGGGCGUCGCUUCCCUGACGCUUUACCGAACAGGCUCCUCUUCAGCACUCAUCCCUGCCUGCUAGAUACCUUCACUUUUCCCUGACAUCGAUCACCGGCACAGUGGUCGCAGCAGCAGCAGCAGGCACGAUGCUCACUGCCCUCAUUACAUCAUCCUUCCCAAAUCUCGUCACCAUUUCAUAACGCCCAUGAGACGCCCAUAACGCCCAACACGAGACACGCCCACACCGUUCUGAACUUAUUCAUAAUGUCCCACACACACCUCCUCACCUUGCGUCAUCCUCUCGAUCUGAACGUGCAUCUCGCCCCAUGCCACCGCCACGUGAGGACUGAGAGCACCGCCCUCCGCUGCCGUCAGACCUUGACCUCGCUGCCUUGGCCGUCCCCUACAUCGCCUCAUACUUGCCGCCUGAAGCCGACCAGGCGGCGGCAACGCGGGACAGAGGACGUACUCACCUCGACCACUCUAUCUAGGACGACGCAACUCAAGUUAUUCUUUCAUGUUACAAUAAACACUCACGGGACAGAUGCAUGUACACACUCAGCUAAUUUUUCAUGCCUGACAUCACUCACGAAUAAGAAGUUUGAUCAUUAUAGAAAAUAUGAACUUCUUCCGUAAUUCUUAUGCCGCUCUAUGCCAGAUGGAUUCCUAAAAGUUUGUAAAGCGUGAGGAACGGCGGCAACACUUCUUCCUCAUCGACUCAGCGGUCCAUGUUCCCGCUAUACAGUAGUCUGCAGGAAGGCCCGUGAAUUAGCUGGGUGAAAACUGCUCCUGAUGAGUAGGAGUGUGUGUGUGUGUGUGUGUGUGUGUGUGUGUGUGUGUGUGUGUGUGUGAGUGUAUGUAGUCAUGUAAUACAAAUACGUAUAUAUAUACCAAAUAAAACGAUGCCACGUUCAAA